CUCUCCCUACCCCCUCUCUCUCGCUCUCUCUCUUUCCCUCCUCCGCUGCUCCAUAGGAGAAACACCAGAAGAAGAUUCUUCGACAAUGGAUUUACUGCAAUCACGACCCUAUUGUGAAUGAUCAGAUCUUUUUAUUUUUCUUCUUCUUCUUCUUCUUCUUCUUCUUCUUCUUCUUCUUCUUCUUCUUCUUCUUCUUCUUCUUCUUCUUCUUUUUCUUCGCGGAUGCUCAUUAGCGUCACGAGUCGAGAUGAUGGCAUCAAUAGGGGAAUUCGACCCUCUCAACACCAGAGUCCCUGCAACUAAAAUAGAAGUUACCGUUUCGUGCCGGAGUCUGCUGGAUGUGGAUACAUUCUCCAAGUCAGAUCCUGUGGUCGUGUUGUAUUUGCAGGCCGUGGGAACCAAAGAAUGGAGGGAGUUUGGAAGGACUGAGGUGAUCGAUAACACUCGGAAUCCAGAUUUCGUCAGGAAGUUUGUCCUCGAUUUCUUCUUUGAAGAGAAACAAAAUCUAAGGUUUGAUGUGUACAAUGUGGACUCCAGAAGCUGUAACAUUUCCAAACACAAGGACUUUCUGGGCCAGACAUUCUGUACCCUUGGAGAAAUCAUCGGCUCCACAGGAGGGCACCUGGAGAGAACCCUCUCUGGGAUUCCAGGGAAGAAGUGUGGAGUCAUUAUCUUUACAGCAGAGGAGCUCAGUAACUGCAGGGAUAUUGCUACCAUGCAGUUGUGUGCCAACAAGUUGGACAAAAAAGACUUUUUUGGAAAGUCGGACCCUUUCUUGGUUUUCUACCGGAGUAAUGAGGAUGGAACGUUCACCAUCUGCCACAAGACAGAGGUGGUCAAGAACACACUGAACCCGGUGUGGCAGUCCUUCACCAUCCCUGUUCGAGCUCUCUGCAAUGGCGACUUUGACAGGACUGUGAAGGUAGAUGUCUAUGACUGGGAUCGAGAUGGAAGCCAUGACUUCAUUGGUGAGUUCACCACCAGCUACAGAGAGCUGUCUCGGGGGCAGAACCAGUUCAAUGUCUAUGAGGUUUUAAAUCCCAAGAAGAAAGGCAAAAAGAAGAAAUACGUCAAUUCUGGAACUGUAACUCUGCUGUCCUUCAAAGUGGAGUCCGAGUAUACCUUUGUGGAUUUCAUCCGAGGAGGAACACAACUGAACUUCACAGUGGCUAUUGACUUCACAGCAUCCAAUGGUAACCCCUCCCAGCCCACCUCCCUUCACUAUAUGAGUCCCUACCAGAUGAAUGCAUAUGCCAUGGCCCUGAAAGCAGUAGGUGAGAUUAUCCAGGACUACGACAGUGACAAGCUCUUUCCCGCCUAUGGUUUCGGAGCUAAACUGCCCCCUGACGGAAAAAUCUCCCACGGCUUCCCACUGAGCGGUGAUGCUGAGAAUCCAAACUGUGUGGGCAUAGAGGGGGUUCUGGAGGCAUACUUCCAGAGCCUGAGGACGGUGCAGCUGUAUGGACCCACUAACUUUGCACCUGUUAUCAGCAAAGUGGCAAACUGUGCGGCGGAGAUUACAGAUGGCUCUCAGUACUUUGUGCUGCUGAUGAUCACAGAUGGAGUGAUAUCCGACAUGGUCCAGACCAAAGAGGCUGUGGUCAAUGCAGCAGGACUCCCCCUGUCCAUAAUUAUCGUGGGUGUUGGACCUGCUGAGUUUGAUGCUAUGGAGGAGCUGGAUGGAGACGAGGUGAGAGUGUCCUCCAGAGGACGCCUUGCAGAGAGAGACAUUGUACAGUUUGUUCCAUUCAGAGACUACAUCGAUAGAUCUGGCAACCAGGUCCUCAGCAUGGCCCGGUUGGCUAAGGACGUCCUCGCCGAGAUCCCCGACCAGCUGCUGUCUUUUAUGAAGAGCCGAGGAGUUGAACCGCGACCGGCCCUCUCCUCCUCGCCGCUACCGGAGCUACACCGGCACAUCUGACCCCAACAUAGCCAUGGCCACUCGUCUCUGCCUCUCCACCCUGACUCUCGCCCCCACACCCUCCCUCUGCUUAUCUACGCUCACAUCCCAUACAGUCAUUUGUCACUUUAAAUGGAGCAGAUGGAUCGACCCAUGACUCGCCCUCUUCCUCUCUUAUCACCAGUGAAGCCAAACAGGCACAUCACACCGACGCAGCGGGCGCUCAUCCCUGACUCACCUGCUGCUGUUCUUCAUCUUCUCUUCUCUAACUCACCCUGUUAUAUAGCAUUACUCUACAGAGCAGUCAGAGUGAGCCACAACUGUCCCCCUGCUUCCCACUGACUGUCACUCACAGCUUGACUUUUUGAAUUUGUCUGUUAAUUCCCCUCACCAGAUUUAUUUUUUGCAUUUAUCCUUUUCCUCAGCAAGUGUGGUCACAUUUGGCAAGACACUAAAUCAAGUUGAAGCUAGUCUCCAAAUGAAAGCAGAGCUCUUGAUGAGCAAUAGACGCCAGCUUGUAUCUUGCUUUGUGGGUAUUUUUGGUCAAGCUUGGACUGUAAUCCAUUGUAGUAAUUGGCCACUGUGAGGACAGGUGUUUGUGAUUUAUACUUUACCAUCAUCAUUAUCAGUCAAGCUGUACCAAAUCUCUUGAAACUGAAAUAGAGGCAAUUUAGUUCAAUCCAGUGGUUUUCAAACUGUAAGGCGUCCCUCCCUAGGGGAAGCAGGAGAGUUGAAUGGGAAAACAUCAAGUAAAUCUUAAAAUAAGUACUUUUGUUACGUUAUUGAAGGUACGGACGUAAAUUUAAAUAGGUCAAGACACCCCUUCCUCCUCCCUACCUAAACUUCCAUGGACUUUGAUUAAAAGCGUAUUUGUGACAAAUCAAAAACAAACUGCAGAACUUCAGAAUCUUCACGUUUAUACGUUUUCUUCAGUAACAAAGUACUCUAGUAAUAGUUGUCCGUACAUCCGUGAGUACAUUGCAAACAGGGACUGCUAUCAGCUGAUUCGGCAUCAUUUUAAUUGUGUCAAUUUUUCAAAAUGUGAACAAAUAAAGGUGCAAAACAAAAACGGGCCUCAAGUUGUAACACACGGUGAACUGACUCCGUGACAACAUUAUACGUUUCCCCAAAUUGUAGGAACUGUAGCCUAGUUUUUAACAUUAGAGCCUCGUUGUUCCCCAAAUGGAAGUCCGGCAAAUAAUAAUAACAAGAGUGACAUAAUCCAUUAAUAUUACAGGGGGUUGGGGGUAUACUUUUCUCGAUUCUGUUUGAGGGGCCACAGUGUCCGACUUUGAAAUCCCCUGCUUUAAUCCAACCAGAUGGGUUAGUGACGAGAGCAGUAUUCUGAUGUGGAAGUUACACAGAGCGUAGCGUUUGUGGGAAUAAAAUGGGGGUUUCGGUCACAUCGCCAUUAUUACCAGUCACAGACCUUCACACAGUACUCAGAGAAACACAUACACACACACACACACGCACACACACACACACACACACACACACGCACACACACACACACACACACACACACACACACACACACACACACACACACACACACACACACACACACACACACCUCUGUCUGCCACCCCCACCGCCCCCCAACCCCCUCUCUUUGCCCAGCGUGGGCCGAGGCUGGGUGCAGAUUCCCCUCCUGCUGUUAGAGAAAUGCCAGUCUCUCCGGCUGCCCUGCAGAGGAGGAGGAAGGAAGGAAGGAUGGAAAGAAGAGACAGGGAGGAGGUGGGGUUAAAGGGAAAAGAGAUGAAGGUGUCAGAUAGCGCGGGAGGAAUGGAAAGAAAAUAAAUGUGGUCAUAAGAGCGAGCAGGAGAGAGACAUGGACGAAGGGAAGAGGAGAUUAGGCAGCAGAUGAAAGGCUGAGUAACAGAGAGGAAGACAAUCUUUGAGUUUUUCUGAAGUCUUUGUAUGCAUAUUUUUUUGGGAAAUAAAUCUCAAUGAAGAAUAAAUGCACAUUCUCCGAAAAAGCAAUAUACCUGACUCCCCAUGUAAUGUCUUCCCUAUGCAUGUCCCUCAUUCCCCCUGCCAUGACUUGACAUUUUAUUCCCAGGCAGACUGGAGCUGUGUACCAAGUGGACAAAGUCUGCCACCUAGUGUUCAUCGUUUGUAUAGCAGGGUAUCUUUAAUAUGCAUGACUACUGUACAUUCGUAUACUAACUCACAUAGUACAGAAACAUGACCUGAUGCAACUGUACUUACUGAUAAUAACUGACGGUAAGCGCAGUGAAUUCAAGCGACAUAAUGAACUACAAACUCAAGUACGUCCUUGUGUGAAAUGUGGCUUCACUUUUUGAAGACGUUUCGUUAUUAAUAUCAGUGUGACGACGGUGGCUUAGAGGGGUGUUUAUGCUGUUUCAUGUGUCGUGUAAGUAUAUAGAUUUUUAUAAACUUGUACGAUCAUUAGUUUAAGUGUUAUGUUUUUCGCAUGUGGAGAAAUAAAUGCCUUCCCGGCGUUCAAGUAGUUGUUGUGUCAUUGCAACUGAUUGUCAAAAAAAAAAGAAAAGAGAAAUAUAUCUCGAAAUAAUAUGCAUUUUUCUUGUGUCACUGUACAUUUUCUUUUGUAGAUUUCAGAAGUUGCUGUGUGCAGUGUCUUGCAGAACAUAUUCAGUAAGUGGAAUUUCCCCAUCGAGAGACAUGUAUUUUUGAUAUUUUGCAAUGAUAUUGAAUGUUCCCAGGGUCAUAAAGAAAUAGAGAAAUAAGGUCUCUGCAAGACACCAAUGGUAUCAAAAAGUAUUCUGAUGGCAUUUAGUGUGAAUUUUGUACAACAAGAGCAUUUUUGUCUGUCUCUUUGUCUUAUGACUGUAUGAAUAUAUGUAUAUUCAGCGCAUAGUGUUUAAGAAAUGAUAAUUUUCAUUGUAUAUACAGUACAUGAUGAAAUAUGUUUACCAUCCCUUUGGUUACAGUAGAGCCUUUUACAUUUGUGUCUCUAAUAAUACAUCUAUAUUGUAUCUUGACAUUUUUAUGAAUGUCCAAUUAGAAGAAUGUAGAAGUUAUGAAACUAUGAAAGCCCUGAGAGAAAGUGGAUCAUGACCAUCUCACUUGCUUAAGUCUGGUCGAAGUUGUUUUCUCUCCUGUGAUUUGGACUUAAGAACAAGUAGAAAAGAAAGUUUUGCCAGGAUCAAGUUACUUUCUAUUUCAUCAGCAUCAUUUUCAGUGUUCGUUAUUUAAUUUCUCAAGGCACUCUAAACACAAGGUGUGUAUAUUUAACCUGUGUACACCUUUUUUUCCCCUUCUGUUCUCAAACACAGGACAGAAUUUAGAUCAGACUUUAAACGUGGAAAUUGAUUACCAGAAUAUUUUGCCUCUCAGGGCUUCCGUAACAAACCGUUAACUGUUUUGACAAAUCUGUCGUUGUGUUCCGAUAUGAGGUUUAACUUUGUUUGUGUUUACUCAUAUCUCCUAAUGAACUGCAUUAUAGUAAUAUCAAACAUAAAGCGACACGAUCUGA